AUGUACCCCAUACUUCCACUGACAGUACACUUCCAGCUCGCCAGCUCGUCGCCAACCACACUGUGGGACCGACUCCGUUCGCUUUGCUUGCCACCUCCCGCUGGCCCAACUGCGUGCCGUUUCCCUCGACUCACCCACCACCACCUGACCCUCGUUGUCGUCAUCUCUCCUCCACGCGAGAGCACUCCGCCCAAACAGAGCCAAGACAAAACGUCCCCCGCGGGCAGCAGCCGCCCGUCUCUCCAGGACACGAGUGGAAUCGGAGCGGAAUCGAGGCGGAGCCAGGAGGCGGCCGUCGCCAUCGCUGUCGCCAUGUCGGUGAUUCUCUGUACCGGUAAUGCCUCGUCUCCCUCCCACAUGUCUCGCAGCCGCAGCCGCAGCGUACCGUUGACGGCCGUCGUCGUCGUCGUCGUCCUGGCUACGACCACACCAUCAGGUAGGCUCUCGUCGUCGGCUGGCCCCGAGGCAUCCCGUCACUGCGCCGGCUCCGUCGUUGGUGAGCACGCUGACAGGCAGGCCGGCUGCAGGUUCUGGGAGGCCCUCUCGGGCAUCUGCUCGCGCACCAUCCAGCACCCCGACUCGCAGGUCAACCGUCUCUGCAUCUCGCCCGACAAACGAUUCCUCGCCGCCGCCGGCCACCACACGGUCAAGCUCUACGACAUCAAGUCGACGAACCCGAACCCGCUGCUGACCUUUGAGGGUCACGCUGGCAACAUCACGGGCGUCGCCUUUCACUGCGAGGGAAAGUGGAUGGUGACGAGCUCCGAGGACGGCACCGUCAAGAUCUGGGAGACGCGCACGGGCACGGUGCAGCGCAGCUACAGCCACGGCAGCGCCGCCAACGACGUCGUCAUCCACCCGAACCAGGGCGAGAUCAUCAGCUGCGACCGGUCGGGCAGCGUGCGCAUCUGGGACCUCGCCGAGAACACGUGCGCCCACGAGCUCAUCCCCGAGGAGGACGUUCCCGUGUCGAGCGUGACGGUGGCAAGCGACGGCACCCUGCUCUGCGCCGCCAACACGCUCGGCAACGUCUUCGUCUGGACCCUGCGCCAGCUGUACGACCGAACCGAGAUCCUGCCCGUGACGCACUUCAGCGCUCACAAGGAGUACAUCACCCGCCUCCUCCUGUCGCCCGACGUCAAGAAGCUCGCCACCUGCAGCGCCGACCACACGGCCAAGAUCUGGGAGGUGCAGGACGUCAGGCCGCGCUCCGAGGCCGAGGCCGAGCCGAGGCCCUUUCCCCUCGAGGCGACGCUCACGGGCCACCAGAGGUGGGUGUGGGACUGCGCCUUCAGCGCCGACUCGGCCUACCUCGUGACGGCGUGCUCGGAUCACUACGCGCGGCUGUGGGAGGUGCAGAGCCAGCAGAUCAUCCGCCAGUACAACGGUCACCACCGGGGAGCCGUGUGCGUCGCCCUCAACGACUACUCGGAGACUCGUUGA